GGGACGCCACGGCCGUCUCGCGGCUUUCGACACCGAAAUGGCGGAGCAACUUUCUCCGGGAAAGAGUACAGAGCAGGUGUGCACCUUCCUCUUCAAAAAGCCUGGACGGAAAGGAGCUGCGGGCCGCAGAAAGCGCCCCGCCUGCAACCCGGAGUCCGGAGAAAGCGGCGGCAGUAGUGAUGAAGGCAGCACUGUGGUGCGCCCGGAGAAGAAACGAGCGGUCCACAAUCCAAUGAUCCAGAAGACUCGCGGCAGUGGUAAGCAGAAAGCGUCCUACGACUUGAGUAGUGAGGACGAGGACCAGGAUAAUGAGCCCGAGACUCUGGGAGUGGUCUACAAAUCCACCCGCUCGGCGAAACCGGUGGGGCCAGAAGACAUGGGGGCCACGGCCGUGUACGAGUUGGAUACGGAGAAGGACCGCGAUGCGCAGUCCAUCUUCGAACGCAGUCAGAAGAUUCAGGAAGAGCUGAGGGGCAAGGAGGAUGACAAGAUCUACCGGGGGAUCAAUAAUUAUCAGAAAUAUAUGAAGCCCAAGGAUACGUCUAUGGGCAACGCCUCCUCCGGGAUGGUGAGGAAGGGCCCCAUCCGGGCCCCCGAGCAUCUGCGGGCCACCGUGCGCUGGGAUUACCAGCCAGACAUCUGCAAGGACUACAAGGAGACUGGCUUCUGCGGCUUCGGGGACAGCUGCAAGUUCCUCCAUGACCGUUCAGAUUACAAGCACGGGUGGCAGAUCGAACGUGAGCUCGAUGAGGGUCGCUACGGCGUCUAUGAGGAUGAAAAUUAUGAAGUAGGAAGCGAUGAUGAGGAAAUACCAUUCAAGUGUUUCAUCUGCCGCCAGACCUUCCAGAACCCAGUUGUGACCAAAUGCAGGCAUUAUUUCUGCGAGAAGUGUGCGCUGCAGCAUUUCCGCACCACUCCGCGCUGCUACAUCUGCGACCAGCAGACCAACGGUGUCUUCAAUCCAGCCAAAGACUUGAUUGCCAAACUGGAGAAGCAUCGAGCCCCAGCAGCCAGUGCUGCUGCCGAUUGCCCAGAGGACUCUGAUGAGGGCCCAACUCCCAUUACUUAGGUCUUCCUCAAAUUUCAAAAAUAAAUGUUCUGUUGUUCUUUUGGAAA